AUCAAUGUCGCCCAGGCGGUGAAGUCAGUGCGCCUGCAGGUCUGGGAAUGACUCGCUGUUUUAGCGUCACCUCAGUGGGGGAGCGCGCGCCGGGAGGCGUCAGAGCUGACAUGGGGUCCCUGUGCGCCCUGAGGACGCUCAUGGUGCUGGGUUUGGUGACGGCCCUCGCGGGAUGCGCCCCCGGUCUGAACCGGACGGCGGAGCGCUGGGAGGCCCUCUACUCGCGCUCUCUGGCGCGGAUCCCGGGGGAGAAGCGGGAGGAGAUGAGCCGGGACGGAGACUACCUGCUCGGCAUUAAGCGGCUGCGGCGCCUUUACUGCAACGUCGGGAUUGGAUUUCAUUUACAGGUUUUACCCAAUGGCAGAAUAACAGGCGUUCACAGCGAGAAUCCUUACAGUCUCCUGCAGAUCUCUCCCGUGGAGAGAGGCGUGGUCACUCUGCUGGGAGUCCACAGUGGGCUCUUUGUGGCCAUGAACCGGCGUGGAAAGCUCUACGGAUCUUUACACUACAGUGACGAGUGCAAGUUCAGAGAGAAGCUCCUGGCCAACAACUACAACGCCUAUGAAUCGGUAGUCUACCCGAGGAUGUUCAUUGGCCUCAGUAAGAAUGGCAAAACUAAGAGAGGAAACAGAGUGUCUCCGGCUAUGACAGUCACACAUUUCUUGCCCAGAAUCUAAAUGAACGUCACAACAAUAGUGAACGUUGGGGUGGGAGAAAGCGGGGGGCUUCUCCAAGCUAUGAUGCACUUUCAUUUAAAGCUUUUUGUAAGUGUAUCGUAUUUGAUAUUUUAUUAUGUACAUUUUCAGUUGUUUUUAUUUAUGUUUUACAUUUGUUUUGUAUUUUUAUAGGAGUGGAUGUAUUUUCACUGAGGGACAGUCAAUAUACUUAACAUUUUAUUUAUGUUUUCAUUUCUUAUUUAUCAGACAUAUGCUGCUACAGAGUGAAACCCUAUCUUUCGAUGUAUUCUUUGCACAGCUUGAAAAACGAAUAAGUUAUCAUUGAAAGGGCUGAAAUGUUUGAUGUUUUUCUAUUGGGAGUGGGUGGAAAAGGAAAUUUGUCAGAAGCUUUGUAUGCAAAAUAGAAAUUAAAAGUAAUGCGGCACUUUUUGUGAAGCAGGUGAAAAAUCAUGCUUCUCCUUUUCUAAUCGGAGGUGGAUCUGGAGGAGCUUUAGAAAAAGGUUUAUAGAACACAUCUUAGCAGAAAAUCAGACACAGCAUUUCCUGCAUUCACCUCGCAUUCUUCAGGUUUGUUUACAUUGUUCCUCCACGUACCAAUAUUCUGGUGGACUCUAGAGGGCAGUGUAGGGACAGACCGCAAGCAUACAUCAUCCCUCAGCUGUUUCCAGCAUUUUCAGUGCCUCUCUGUGUCACCCAAAAGUAACUUCUUUCCAAAAGUUUCACAAUCUGUAGAUGGUGAUGAUAUUUAUGGGCCAAAUCAUAGAUGUUAAUAGAUGUUUUUAUAUAUGAACCCCCGUCAGUAGGAGUUGUUUUUUGUCCACUAUGUUUUUCCACAUUGAAAUGUUAAAAUUCUUUCAUCAGAGUGGUGCAGAAAUGUCAGGCUGUGCUGAGGAGCAUGGAUGCUAAAAUGACAUAAUUAGGCCUUGCAGAGAUGUCACGCAUAAACCAACCUUUAGCUUUGCUAUAACCUGACAAGCUCUUCCUUUGAGGAAUACACCAUGCAGGUGGUUAGAAUCAGCUGAUUUAAUGUUCUGACUUUCCUUCCUAUCAGGCAUAUCUAUACUAAUUUCUCCAGACUUCUUUUAAAUCUUUGCUGCAGUAAUUUUACAGAUAAGUACCAUUUGCUUUUACCCGUGUUAGACGUAGAACCAAAGCUGCUGCUACAGAGCCUUUGAAAAUAUCACGUUAAAACAUAAGUUGAACUUUUGAAGAAAAAA